UUAUACAAUUGAUUGUUCCUGCGUAACAUAGCUACAGGGAAGACAACAAUGACACGCAAUUGACGAAUAAAUUAUAAUCAUUUUUAGCGACGAACGCCUCGACCGACUGUAACUACUAUUCGCGGCGGCACCGGCGGUCGGUUCCCAUCGCAGAUCGGAAAUGCAAAUGUCAAGAGGAAGAUGCGGUGGUUGUUCCCAAAGAAUCACCCAACUCCACCAACUUUUUCUCCGCAAACCUUUCACUUCCACAUCUCCUCCUCCACUUCACCACUCUUCAUCAUCUUCACUAUUCGCACCUCACCCUAAAUCAACACUCUCUUCCUUUCUCCACUCAUCACCGAUUUUCUACCCCUCCGCCGCUCGUUUCGGCGCUUUCAGAUUCUUCUCCUCAAAGUCACCUAACCUCGGCUUCAAUGCCAAGAAGGUUUUCGAUAAACCUACGGCCGCGUUGACUUCUGCUUUCUCGCGUUACCGUGAGGCCAUGGUCUUGCAGCUCGAGGCUUUCUUCAAGAGAAAUCAGCUUUUUCUGUUUGGUGCUGCUGGGGUUGUUUUCUGUGCUCUGCUAUGGAGGAUUCUCUUUGGCGUUGCUAAUACUUUUGUUGUUCUUUCUGAAGGCAUGGCUAAGUAUGGUUUCCUUGCCCUUUCAUCUGCCAUUGUUGCUUUUACUGGUUUGUAUAUCCGCUCGAGGUUCACAAUCAACCCUGAUAAAGUUUAUAGAAUGGCCAUGACAAGACUUAACACUUCUGCUGAGAUUCUUGAAGUUAUGGGUGCCCCUCUUACAGGAACUGAUUUAAGAGCCUAUGUGAUGUCAGGGGGUAGCCUUACAUUAAAGAAAAUCAAACCGAGUCUUAGGAGCCGACGUUGUUUUCUCAUUUUUCCCAUAAAAGGUUCCGAGAGAAAGGGUCUAGUCAAUGUCGAAGUCAAGAAAAAGCAGGGCAAGUAUGAUAUGAAGCUGCUAGCCGUUGAUGUUCCCAUGGCGUCUGGCCCAGACCAGCGUUUGUAUCUGAUUGGGGAUGAAGAAGAGUACAGAGUUGGUGGGGGACUGAUAUCUGUGCUUAGAGACCCUGUAGUGAAAGCAAUGGCAGCAACCAAAGAAUUUGAUGAUCUUGACGAGAUUGAGGCAGAGGAGGAUGCUGAAAGAGAACGUCAGGAGGCCGAACGAAAGAUUCGUGAAGAAAUUGAAAAGGUUGAAAAUAGUAGUGAUACCAAGUAAUAAUCAUCCAUGAUGUUUCUCUUCCGGUUUCUUCUCUUGUUGAUUAAAAGAGUUGUUUUUGUUGUUUAGGACAAAUUAAUUUUGUAUUAAUUUGAGUUUUUCCAAGGCUUACAGUAUCUUGUAACACCAAUUGCUGAGUUUAUCUGAACCAAAGUGGAUACAAUAAAGAUGACAGGUAUCAACAUACAUUAAAACCGACUCAACCGUCUGUUGGUUUCUAUGUUGCCUUGUCUUGAGUGUACAA